UGAAAUGGUGGAUUUCCUAGUCCCCCCCCGCUCAUAAAUCCAAAUAUAGAGAUGAAAUCUGUUUGAGAAUGAACAAUUGUAGCUGCCGGUGACAGCGUGGCCGUUAAUGACAGCGAGCCCGGCAUCACAUUGACCGCUCAGUAACAGAGAACCGUUCUCACCUCCUCCACAGCCCAGAAUAAACCCCUUCCCCUCCCUGCAAACACACACCCAGCCAUAUUGAACAGUCGGCAUUAAAACAGCCCAGCGCCGAGAGUUCCGUCCCCCCGCCUCGCCUUGCCUCCAUCAUCACUGUCUCCAUCUUUGGGAAAUUCAGGAUGAAAGUUACAGCCAGACCUGUUCUCCCACUGUUCCGUUUUGCCCUGGUCGGGCUUGUGUUGCUGUCCGGCGGCUGGGUCCACCUUGGCUCAGGAAUGGACGUGACGGUCCCUCCGCACCUCAUCAAGCUGAAUGGGACAUCAGUCAAGUUGACCUGCACCUUCAACUCAUGCUAUGAAGUCAACAACAAACACUUCUCCUUAAACUGGACCUACCAGGAAUGUGAGAACUGCACAGAAGAACUUUUUGUGCAGUUCCGUAACAGGGUGAUCUUCUCCAGGACGGAACCUUUCUGGGGUCGGGUGGAGUGGUCGGGAAAUCUGGUCAAGAACGAUGUCUCCAUCACCAUUCACAACAUCCAGAGCAGCGACGACGGCUUUUACAAGUGUUACGUCUUAAACCCACCCGACCGGCACAAAGGACUGGGAAUCAUUCAGCUGAGUGUGGUGACAGAAGUGGAUCCUGAACACCACUCCAUCGUGGCCGUCAUCAUCGGCGCAACUGUCGGUGGAUUACUCGCUGUCCUCAUCCUCUCCUUGGUCGUUGUGAAGUGCGUGAGGAGGAAAAAGAAACUGGAUAAUCAGUCCGAAGAACAUAAAACUGAAGAGGAAGGAAAGACCGAUGGGGAGGGCAAUGAGGAAGGAAAGGAGAAGCGGCACUAGGGCCAGUGAGAGAUGGCUGCCUUGGCCGGCCGGCCCCUGGUGACAACUGUUCUCAUCAUGCUUCCUGGGACAAGACUGGAUUUCCUCUACGCUCUACACGUGCUGCUACACAUUAACACGAGCUCGCCUACUGCCGUGCCCUCCGUGAACCCAUUGAUUCAUUAUGCAUGCCAUCCACCUCCAAACUGUAUGCAGGUGCCAUCACCAAAACUGGCAGCGUCCAGCGGGGCACCAUAAAUAACGCGCUUAAUGUCCAGUGCCAUGUGAGUUUGGUGAAUUAUAACCACGGGUAUUGUUAUAAAUGUGCAUGUUUUUAAAUUGGGUGUCAAUGGGAAGGUGGCACAUUGGUAAAACAUAAUGUCCACCUAGGCUGGUUGCCCGUUGAGGGGAAUGGUAAUGGAAUCUUUUCUCUAAAUUCAUUUUUUUGGGGAGUUAAGUAUUGCCAGCAAAGCCCCCAGUCAAUCCCCUGCUCCCAUUGUGGCUGAGAUGUAGCUGGUGAGCGGUUUCCAUCAGCUGCUGUGGCAGGGUGGACCUACACAUUGUCCAGUAGGUGUCCCAGCAGAUCAGGUGUACUGCCGUUUCUACAUUCCCCACCCGAUCCUGCCACCGAGCAGACAUGGAACCCAGCUUCACCACCAGUCACAAUCUCCCACUAGCUGCCUCGGUUAACGUUGGCCCAAAGUGGCUGAAGGUGUACUUCAUGUAAAACAGAGUAAUAACACCUCAAGAUAUCCAUUGUAAUGGCUCUAAACUCUUGCUUGGGUGUUCCUGAAUCCUGAAAUUAUUCAUGGGACGCAUUUGUCCAAAUAAGCCAAGAUUGGGCAAAUUCUCAGAAAUAGCUUUGACUGGAUCCUUGUGAGAUAUCUUUACAUGCCCCCCCCCCCCCCCCCCCCACCCCUGGAAAGAGGCAGCGACAAGCCCACCAGUCAGUGGCAGGGAACAUUCCAGAAACAUAGGUUUUGUACAACACAAGAUGGCCUACUUUUUAUCCAGUGUGGUUAGAAAUCGAGCUUGCUACAGACUGGAAAAGGAUUUAUUUUCAUAUCUAAAAGUAAAACUUUGUAACUAUGAGCGCAAUCUGAAGUCCCAUACUGCCAACUAACGGGAUAAGCAUGAUAUCCUAAUCACUGGGGCUGACGUGAGGCUUGCUGGUUGGGUUCCCAACUUUCUCGUUGUGUCCCGGAAUGUGGGACCUGAGGGUGGCCAUACUGACCACAGCCUCCACUCACCCAGAUCACCGGAGAUGGUGGGCACCCAUGUGGCCAGUGGAUUGCAGGGAGAGGUUCUGCCAACCAUGGCCUGGGCCACAGCUAUAGCAGCAGCCUCAGCCUCAGGUACAACGGCAGUCAGCAUUACAUUGGGCGGCACCGCUAAUGGAGCUGCUGCCUCUUAUCUCCAGUGAUCUGGGUUCAAUUGUGAUCUCUUCGGGUGCUGUUUGUAUGGAGUUGGCACGCUCUCCCUGUGGCCACAUGGUUUCCUCUCGGGGCUCCAGUCUCCGUCCAUAACCCAGAGGUUAAC